AUGCCUCGUCUUCGUGUCUCUGCAGGACCAGAUCUCAACGCCCUCACCGAUAUCACCAAUCUUGUCAACACGAACAAGCCAAGCACUAUCUCUUCUGAUCUUUUCGACGGAAAGAUAGUCGUUAAUAUCAAGGGAUUUACGAACGGGGACGGGAAACCUAGCUCUAGUGCCUACUUUGAACAGGAUGAGAGACAAGGGAUUACUUGGAGUUUUCAAGUGCAAGGACGAUUCUUGAAGAAUUACUCUGCGGAUGACGUUUUGUUUGGAAAUACAUUUGAUCGGCCACUUCAACUACCCUGGGGCUCUGGUGCAGCCCUCAAGUUCAUGAAUUUCGUCGACCCGACACUAGAGCACGAUUUGACAUCAUCAACGAAACCUUGGGCCUUAUCACCUUUGAUAUCUACCAUGCCACAUUUUAUGCAUACCAGAAUACGUGGUGGUUCACCCGAAUCGUUGUCACCUUCUUCAUCAACGUCUUCACUAGAACUACCGAGCAUGCCACCUAAAUUCCCGCCUAGUCGACCUAUCGCCGAUGAUAAUUCCAUGCUACAUCUCGCUCAAGUACCCUCCGAGUGGAGCCCUUCGUCCUCGUCCUCUUCAUUGUCAUCGACCCACUCCCAUAGCUCUGCAAAGUCCCAUAAGUCUACGUUAUCGUCAAAGUACAAGAAUCUGAAACGAGGGGGUGGCAGCCGCCAUAGUCACGACCCUAUCAAUCUGCAGAACGCCAGUCAGAGGAGAUCGUAUUUCAGUUCACCUGACACUAGACGGUCUGUUAUGUUUGGAUCUAAGGACAUCAUCUCGAUUGAUUUUUGUUACGGAUUCCUCGAGUUCAGCCCCACGAUUUCGUUGAGGCUUCCUGGCGGACUGUCGUUUGAUCUUAUGCGGUAUUGGGACGGGCAGCCGGUUAGGUUUGUUUGUUGUGAAAGGAAACGACCGGGAGAUGAAGGUACAGAACCUUGGGGGAGGAUUUUGUGGUGUGUGGUUAUCGACCUAUGUGAUUAA